AUGUCUCAGCCCGUCAAAGCCUCUACAACGGCCGCAGCCAACCCAGGGACUGAUGGGAAGGCCAAGGGGGUCCCUCCCGCAGCGCCAGGCCUGCUCCCUGACCCUGCCCCGCUCCCAGGAUCUGUGCCUUUGCCUAGGACCAAAGCAGGGGACAUCCCUGUGAGCUACAGGCUGAUCGUGUUCGAACAGGAGAACUUCCAGGGCCGACGGGUGGAGUUCUCCGGGGAAUGCCUGAACCUGAGCGACCGUGGCUUUGACCGAGUGCGCAGCCUCAUCGUUACCUCGGGACCUUGGGUCGCCUAUGAGCAGUCCAACUUCCGGGGGGAGAUGUUUGUUCUGGAGAAGGGCGAGUACCCACGCUGGGACACGUGGUCCAACAGCUACCGCAGCGACCGGCUCAUGUCCUUCCGGCCAAUCAGGAUGGACGCCCAGCAGCACAAGAUCUGCCUGUUUGAAGGGGCCAACUUCAAGGGCAACACCAUGGAGAUCCAGGAGGACGACGUGCCCAGUCUCUGGGUCUACGGCUUCUGUGACCGCGUGGGCAGCGUGCGAGUCACCAGUGGGACCUGGGUUGGCUAUCAGUAUCCUGGCUACCGUGGGUACCAGUACCUCCUGGAGCCCGGAGACUUCCGUCACUGGAACGAGUGGGGGGCCUUCCAGCCACAGAUGCAGUCCGUGCGCCGCCUGCGUGACGGUCAGUGGCACCGCCUGGGCUGCUUCCCCGUGCCAGCCACCGAGCUCACCAAGUGAGUCCCUGCCCUGCUCUGCUUCCGGGCC